CCGUCACCACUCAACACAUUCCUCCUCCCCCCGGCCCACCCCCCGGCCUGACUGUUUACGCGUUCCCCCCUCAUCACGCCAUCUCGACGCAGCUCAUCGACGCCGCACCCUCCCCGCACCGGGAUACACACUUCGCCGCCUGCUCAAGCUACCACUCCGCAGUCGACAUGGCGAAGGACGACGAGAAGAAGCCCACGGCCGCCGAGAAGGGCAAGGGCAAGGCUGUCGCCGGCGAUGCGGACAAGGACAAGGACGCAAAGGUCGAGGACAAGAAGGGCGCUGCCACCAGCUCAGGCGAGGAGCUCAACGAAGAAGACCAGCAGCUCAAGAAUGAGCUCGACAUGCUGGUGGAGCGGAUACUGGAAUCCGACACCAGCCUGUACAAGCCCGCGCUCGAGCAGAUCAAGGACUUCAUCAAGACGUCGACGAGCUCCAUGACGGCCGUGCCCAAGCCGCUCAAGUUCCUGCGCCCACACUACCAGAGCCUCGAGACGGCGUAUGCGUCAUGGCCAGAGGGCGAGAACAAGCAAUCCUUCGCCGACAUGUUAUCCGUCCUCGGCAUGACGUAUUCGGACGAGGAGCGUCUCGACUGCCUCAAGUACCGCUUGCAGGCCCCGUCGACAGAUCUGGGGUCGUGGGGCCACGAGUACAUGCGCCACCUGUCGCUGGAGAUUGGCAGAGAGUACCAGAACAGGCUGAGCGACGACAAGGCGACCGAGGACAUCACCGACCUCGCCUCGAACCUCGUUCCCUUCUUCCUGAAGCACAAUGCGGAUGCUGACGCCGUAGACAUCUUGUCAGAGUUGGAGAUGAUCGACCAGAUCGAGCAGUACAUUGACGAGAACACAUACGCGCGCGUGUGCUUGUACAUGGUCAGCAACGUACCGCUUCUCACAUACCCAGACAACGACAAGUUCCUGCGCACAACGUACCAGAUCUACCGCAAAUACAACCAAUACACACAAGCAGUCGCUCUGGCCAUACGGCUGAACGACCGCGAGCUGAUCGAGGCUACCUUCAACUCCACCAAGGACAAGGCGAUAAGGAGACAGAUGGCCUUCCUCAUCGCCCGCCAGCGGAUAUGGUUCGACGUGUCGGACGAUGAUGACCCGGAGCUCCAAGAGUGUCUGAACAACACCCGGUUGCCAGACCACUUCAAGGCUCUGGGCAAGGAGCUGAACAUCCUCGACCCCAAGACCCCCGACGACAUCUACAAGACACAUCUCGAGAGCAGCAGGACGUCAGGACUCACCAACACCGACUCUGCCAGGCACAACCUCGCUUCAGCCUUUGUCAACGCAUUUGUCAACACUGGUUACGGAAACGACAAGCUCAUGCUCAACUCGGACAGCAAGAGCAGCUGGGUCUGGAAGACCAAGGAGGAGGGCAUGCUGUCGACAACGGCGUCGAUGGGUAUGCUUCUGCUAUGGGAUGUCGAAACCGGUCUCGACAAGAUCGAUCCGUACACCAACGUCGACGAUGAUAUGGUCAAGGCCGGUGCCAUGCUUGCCACGGGUAUCUUCAACUCUGGUGUCAGGAUGGACUCUGAUCCCGCAUUGGCUCUGCUCGGUGACGAGGACAACCUUUCGCACAAGAACCGCAAUAUCCGACUGGCUUCCAUCAUGGGUCUCGGUCUGGCAUAUGCUGGCUCGAACAAGGAGGAGCUUUUGGAGAUGCUUCUGCCCAUCGUCAGUGACACAAGUCUCGACAUGCAGUUGUCUGCUAUGGCAGCACUGUCGCUUGGUCUGAUUUUCGUGGGUUCUGCCAAUGGCGAGGUUACGGAUGCGCUGAUGAACACCCUUCUGGACGAGGACAGGACGAAGCAGCUCAAGGACAAGUGGACUCGCUUCAUGUCUCUUGGUCUCGCCCUGCUUUUCUUCGGUCAGCAAGAGGAGGUCGAUGUCAUUCUCGAGACUCUAAAGGCGCUCGACCACCCCAUGGCCAAGUCUGCCUCGGUGCUCACAGAAGUGUGCGCAUGGGCAGGUACUGGUGCUGUACUGAAGAUCCAGCAACUGCUGCACAUCUGCAACGAGCACAUCGAAGACGACAGCGAAGAGAAGAAGGGCGACGAGCUGCUUCAGUCAUACGCUGUUAUUGGUCUGUCGUUGGUUGCGAUGGGUGAGGACGUUGGCCAGGAGAUGAUUCUCCGCACCCUCGGCCACCUGAUGCACUACGGAGAGGCCAACAUCCGGAAAGCCGUGCCCCUCGCUUUGGGUCUCAUCAGCCCUAGCAACCCCCAGAUGAAGGUCUACGACACGCUAUCACGAUACUCUCACGACAACGAUAACGACGUUGCCAUCAACGCCAUCUUCGCCAUGGGUCUCUGUGGUGCUGGUACCAACAACGCCCGUCUUGCACAACUCCUCCGUCAAUUAGCAAGCUACUACCACCGCGACCCCAAUGCUCUGUUCAUGGUGCGCAUAGCUCAAGGUCUCUUGCACAUGGGCAAGGGCACUCUCUCCGCCAACCCCUUCCACACCGAGCGUCAAGUUCUGUCCCGUGUCGCGGCCUCGGGUCUUCUCACGGUGAUCAUCUCCAUGAUCGAUGCCAAGUCGUUCAUCGUUGGCGACUCACAUUACCUCCUCUACUUCAUGGCUACGGCCAUGGCACCCCGCUUCCUCAUCACCCUGGACGAGGAUCUCAAGCCACUCACACUCAACGUGCGUGUUGGUCAGGCAGUAGACGUUGUAGGACAGGCUGGUCGACCCAAGACAAUCACAGGCUGGCAGACACAGAGCACGCCAGUCUUACUGGCGCAUGGCGAGAGAGCAGAGUUGGAGGACGAGAAGUACAUUAGCCUGACAAACGUGCUUGAAGGUGUCGUGAUCCUGAGAAAGAACCCCGAAUGGGAAGAUUGAGCGCGAUGCAGGCGUUUGAUCGGGAAAAAGGGCAAAAAAUGGAAGCUUGUAUGCUAUCUAUCCUGCCGGAGGGCGCACGCCCGCUUCGGACACACCCCUUUGGCACUCUAGUAGAUUUACGGUCACUGCCUCGAAC